AUGAAGCUUAAAUUUCAUUGUUUUUAUUUUUAUACCAUUUUAUUCCUGUUUUCGGUUAAUUAUUGUUAUUCCGCACGUAUUCUAGGUGUUUUUUCACAUCCAGGACGUAGCCAUUUUAAUAUAUUUCAUGCGAUAAUGAAAGAAUUAACUUAUCGUGGACAUUCAGUGGAUGUGAUUGGACAUUUUCCAUUAAAUACGACUAUUGAAAGAUAUAAAGAUUUCAGCCUAAAUGGAACAAUACCCAUAUUAUCCUUCAAUGUCGUUACAAUAAUGAAUUUAUUUUCCAAUAUACAUUAUGGUAUGGGUUAUUUAUUUAGACAAAUUGGUCAAAAUCUUUGUAAUAAAUUACUAUUGGAGUCAGAUGUUAUUGAGAACUUAUUAAAUACUCAAGACCGCUAUGAUUUAAUGAUUACCCAUAUUAUGUCAGGUGAUUGUUUACUCAUUUUGGCUCAUGUAUUAAAAAUACCUGCAGUAAUUGGUGUUAUAACUUCACCAACACUUGCAUGGUCAGCAGAUCGCUUUGGAUAUCCAAAUACACCAUCAUAUAUACCAGAUAUAUUAUUGACGUAUAAUGGUCAAAGAAUGUCUUUUGUGGAACGAUUGUGGAAUACUUUUUAUUAUUUUCAUCAUAAAUUUAACUAUGACUUUUCUGCAAAUAACCAUGCUCAAAAAUUAUUUAAUCAAAAAUUUGGCGCUAAUGCUCCAUCAAUAUACGAUUUACAGAAUAACAUGAGCUUACUCUUAGUGAAUGGACAUUUUAGCUUAAAUGGUGCUCGACCAACGCCACCCAAUGUAAUUGAAGUUGGUGGUAUACAUUUAAAAUCACCCCAAAAUUACAACUUACCUAAUAGUUUAGAAAAGGUAUUGAACGAAUCCAAAAAUGAUAUUAUUUAUUUUUGUUUGGGCUCAUUGAUUCGUGCUGAGACCUUCGAAUUGGAUAAACAACGUGCUUUAAUGGAAACAUUUCGUCAAUUACCAUACACAGUUAUUUGGAAAGGUGAUCGGAAUUUAUUCAACGUUUCUAUUCCGGAUAAUAUAAUUUUCAUGGCAUGGACACCACAACAAGAAUUGUUGUGUCAUCCAAAUGUAAAAUUAUUUAUAACCCAUGGGGGAGCGUUAGGGACCCAAGAAGCAAUAUAUUGUGGUGUUCCAAUGAUUGCAAUUCCAUUGUUUUAUGACCAACCUUCAAAUGCUUUUACGUACCAACGUUUGGGUAUUGCUCAAGUUAUUCGAUAUCAUGAAAUUUCUACAUCGAAACUUUUGAGUACAAUUCAAACAGUUAUAAAUAACUCUAGUUUUAAAGAAAACGUGAAACUUGUAUCACAGUUAUUUCAAGAUCGUCCACAAUCCGCUAUGGAUACAGCAAUUUAUUGGAUUGAAUAUGUAAUUCGUUACAAAGGUGCAAAGCAUUUACAACCCCAAAGUGUAGAAUUAGCAUGGUAUCAAUUUUAUUUAAUUGAUGUGGCUUUGGUCGUAAUUGGAGCAUCUAUUUUGAUUUGUUACAUAAUGUUUUUAGCGAUGAAAUAUAUUAUUUUUGCGAUCAUUACCAAACGAUUUUCUAGACGAUGUAUUAAAGUUAAAACUGGAUGA